AUGUUACUGUAUGUACAACGGCCUUGCAUGUGCUUAAUCCGGAAGUGGCCGAGUGCUGCCUUCCCUAAACAGAGAUUAUUCGAAAUCUUCACUACAGCUACACCGCACAACACACUCGUUCGCGGUCCACCACACUCUUUUGCAACAGAUAUCCACUCCUUUCAGGGACACUCACUUUCUUUCGACACACUCUUUCAAUCAACGACCGACUCAUCCAAGAUGCUCUUCAACCGCGCCCUGGUUGGCGUCCUUUUCGCCGCUGCCUGCAGCGCGCACAUGAUGCUCGACUACCCGGCUCCCUUCAACGCGUCCCACAACCCACACCGCAAGACAGCUGCUGAUCCGUACUUGGAGUUCCCCUACGAUAAGGCGGGUCCGAACGCUCGCUGGAUGUACCCAUGUCGAGGUUACGAGAAGCUGCUUGGCACUCCCGAUGGCGCCCCUACCGCGACUUGGGAGGCCGGUGCAAUCGCCAACUUCAAUAUCAGUGGCAUCGGUAACCACUUCGGUGGCUCUUGCCAGGUGGGCUUCUCCACAGAUGGCGGCACGAACUUUCACAUCGCGACUUCCUACAUGGGCAACUGUCCUCAUCGCGACAACGGCAACGGCCCUGAUGGCCAGAACUUCGAGUUCAAGGUGCCGGGUGACAUCGAGCCGGGCAUCCAUCUUUUCUCAUGGAUCUGGUACAACCGCGAACAGGAGCUCAACAUGAAUUGCGCCGCCGUUGAGAUUACCAGCUCCUCCCCUCAGCAAGCCGCGCCUCUGCCACCAGCAGGUUCGCUCACCACUCUCACGAUCUUUACCACUCAGACGGCCGUCGUCCCAGUUGUCACAGCUGGAGUCGCGCCGCCAAAUUAUGACAAGAGCACUCGCGACAGCUCCGAGGCGAUUGCCUUCCAAGAUCGUCCACUCAUGUUCGUGGCCGAUGAUGGUAACGACUGCUUCACGCCGCGUUCCACAGCUGAGCUCAAGUAUCCUGAACCAGGUCCGGAUGUGGUCCUAGGAGAUGGAGCAUAUCCAUUGGAACUGCCCACUGGACAAUGCAGUCAGGAACAGAUGCUGGCCAAGCAGGCCUUCAAGGGUGAUCGUACUGCGGCCUACUAG